CUCAUUUCGUAUGCUGAGCUCGCCAUUGCCUUUCAGUGCGGUGGUUUUAGGUGUAGCAUUCACUCGGAUGAGCAUGCAACUUUUCGCCAUCUUAUUGUUUGGAUCAAACAGGCCUUCGUCCAGGCUGCUCGAUCUGACUUGUGCGUCCAUCAUGGCACGCGCGAUGCACAUCUUCAUCAUGCCUGGGGCAAAACGAUGCCCCUUGGAUCUAUCACAGGUGCUUCUAUCUAUCUCCCUCCUGAGGCGCUUCGCUUUUUAGUUGCUGUGACGAGGCGAAUUUCCAAAGCAAGCCUUGCAACGUGGGAGUUUCCCCUGGCGAAUUUCAAAUGUUCCUGACUUUGUUUGGCCCCUCUGGGGUCCCUCUGGGGUUGUGCAGUUGGCCUUUUCCUUGCCAAUCAGUGGAAAGCUGAUGGCAAUGCUCGGACCGAUGGAUUCAUCUCGAGCGCGGGAGGUAGAAAAGGCUUCACAAUCCAUGUCCGAGGGGUGUUGCCAAUCAGUCAAGAACCUGAGUGACCUCUAUGUGUGAUCAACCACCCAAAAGAUAACACAUUAGUGUUUUGUUUUUUCUUCGGGUUGUGCACAUGUGGCGGAGUUCGUUCCGGUUCCUGGAGGAAUCUCUGGUCGACUUCUUCCCGGCUUCCGAGUUCGGAGCCGCCCAAUGCGUGGAACCGACUCCGGGGCGGUGAAGAAAGUGAGUGCCGCCGACGAAAGGCGUUGGGAGGAUGAACUCGGGGAGUCAUCGGACCUGUAGCUUCUUGUUACUACCCAGACAUUCCAUGGGACUGCCAUAUAUGCCGAUCAGUUGGGGUGGUGCCACGGGGGUGAAUGUAGGCAUUAUAUGACAUACAUGGAGUGUCUGGGCUAUAGUAAUGCACUUGUUACUACUAGCGAUGCACUUGUUACUGGCCCUGCACCUCCAGUCGUACCUCCUCAGGUAAGGUAUGACUGGACCCGGGAAUGGCACCCGCCCCAGUCCCACCUUCUCAGAAGGUGCGACUGGAAGCCAAACACGUAGUAGUUUUUUUUGUUUCACUACUAAUCUCCGAUAUCCGACUCGGGGACUCGGUUGACUCGGUUGCUAUGGAGGUCGCCCCCCCUUCAGGUGAACCACUGUGUGGAUCAACGGCUGAGCGAAACAGUGUCGAAAGAGGGACCAACAAAUCCAGAUUGGUUGGGUUGUUGGAUGUUGCUGGUUUGGAAUGGAAUCCCCCAGUGGUCCGUCCUGGUACAUGGAGUGGCGAAUUGCUUCAGGUGACGACGAGAUGCGUUGCCUGCCAACGCUCCUCAACUUGGCACCACCCAAGAGCGGAACCACCGAGAUCUAUCAGCAGAUCCAGACCAUGCCAGAGGUGAUCUCGGCCGCACCGGCCGAGCCCUCGUCGCUCUGCCGCGGCCGCAGCGCGUUUUGGUGCUCUAAGGAGCCUUCCUUCUGGCACGCUCCACGGAGUGCUGCAUCACUUCAGGAGUACACCUUGAUGUACCAGCCUUUGACAGAGAAGUUGCAAGGAGGAAGCGGAUCAUCGACCAUCGCAGUGGACUGGUCUCCAUUGAACUAUGAAGCGAAUCCUUACCUCCUUGGGCGCUUCGUGGGACCCGCGGCGCGCUUCGUGGCCUUCCUGCGGAAUCCCGUCCAACGAGCCGAGUCAGACUACAAUUGGUCCAUUUACACCGUGGGAUUGAGCUGCACAGCCUCCAAGAAGAAGAUACAAAGCCCCGGCAGCUCCAGUGGUAGCUCCCAGGCCAUGCAUAAGCUCUUCGCCUCUUCCGUGAAGGACUUCACCACCUGCGCCGCCACCUCCUCGCCGCUCCGGUGCUGGCGCCGUGGGGCGCCAGCGCGCGAGCUCAACUGUCGCACCUUCCGAGAGAGCUCCGCCUACGUCCUUCGAGGCCUCUAUAGUGUUUACCUCAGCAGCUUCUUGGAGGUGUUUCCUGGGCAGCUGCUGGUGGCACGGGCAGAGUCCCUCACUUGGCCCCGCUUGGCUGCUCUCCUGGGCGCCACGCUGGCACCGCGCCCAACGACGGCGACGCUGGCGCCGUUUCGAGGGAAGCACCAGGUGCACCUGCUGCCCGAGACCCAGCAGCUGUUGAAAAGCUUCUAUGCUCCCUAUGUCCUGGAGCUCCAACACAUGUUCAACGAUUCGACGCUUUCGUGGUGGUGAAGGCCGUGCGACACCUGGUGCAUCACUCCACCGAGCGGUCACUUCUCCUGGACGAAGCGAAGCGAAGAACGGUCUUCGGGUCGCGGACGACUCCGUUGGAUUCCACGGCCGUCUGAGAGCGUCUGAGAUCGGUCGAUAGACACGUAGAGAGCGUCGUCAGGUCGGCCUGGAGAGUGAAAUCCAUAUGGGCCUGGCCCUUCCAGUACCGGAGGUACUUAGGAUCACAUCCGGGGCUGGUGAACACUCAUCCCAUCCACAUGAGGAUCGGGCAGUGCCAGCCAGCCCGCGUGUGGCGAAGAAAAGACAGAUCGCAGCAGGUUUGGGCAGACUGCGGAUCGGAAUGGGCGAAACAGUUUGGGGCAGACACCCUUGAAGUCAAAGACUACGUGGAUCUUCCACAUGUGCAACAAAUUCUGCCUUAUCUUAUAUAUAUUAUAAUCCUUAUAGGUUAAGAUAAUGAUUUGGCUGGUUUUAUGGAUGAACAGCCAGAAAUAGUGCAUUUAGUUCAACGAUCCAGCUAUAGACUAUAAGACAUGAACUUCCUUUAUUCUCCUGGAUUUAUCUUUGAUCAAUCGUCUUGGGGGGACCCGAAUUGGGGAACUUCCUCUACUAGUGCAAAACCUUGAAUUUGGACUUGGGCAAGGUGCUUGGAGGAUGUGGCAGGCACAUGGUGCGCUUCUGUAGUGAGCUGCUAAAGUUAUAAAAAACUUUCAUAUGGUAAGGCCAGAAUCCGUGAUUUAAAAAAAAGUCAAAAACAAGUCAAAAAAAGUCAACUGGAAAAGUCAAAGUCAAGAAAAAUCAAAGUGAAAAGUCAAAAAAUAGUCGAAAAAAAAAGAGUCAACAAACAGUCAACCAUAGACCACAGCUCGAAAAAAUCAAAAAAAUAAUCCCAAAAAAA